CCUUUUUCACCGCCCCGCCCGCCCAGCAUGGCGGCCCGCAAGCCCCUGGUCCUUGGUGUGGCCGAGUGGGAAAAGAAGCUGAAUGAGGUCCACGUUAACAAGGAUGACCUAAAUCGCCUCGUGAUGGACUACCUAGUAAUCGAAGGUUACAAGGAUGCUGCAGCCCGCUUCUCCCUCGAGACGGGGUUGCGACCACAGGUGGAUUUGGCCAGCAUCGAGGACCGAAUGACCAUCCGAGCUGCCAUUGAGAGGGGGGAUGUUGAGGAGGCCAUUGGCAGAGUCAAUGAGCUGGAUCCUGAGAUCCUGGACAAUUCCCCGCUCCUCUUCUUCCACCUCCAGCAACAACGCCUCAUCGAGCUCAUUCGCGCCAACCGCAUAGGUGAAGCCCUUCACUUCGCCGCCGAGGAGCUGGCCCCGCGCGGCGAGGAGUAUCCUGAACUCCUCCCCGAACUCGAACGUACAAUGGCCCUACUCGCCUUUGAUCUUCCCUCCUCCUCCUCCACUGCCAGCACCGCCGCGCUCCCCGCUCCCCCGCAUGUAGCGUCUCUGCUCUCACCGUCGCAGAAGCUCAAGACGGCUGGCGAGCUCAAUGCCGCCAUCCUUGCGAGCCAGAGUCAGGGGAGUGACCCAAAGUUGCCGCAGAUGCUGAGGAUGAUGGCGUGGGGUGAGGACUUGUUGAGGACCG